AUGUUCUUUGCACUCAGUAUUCUAUUUCUUACUACAAUAUGUUUCUCAUCCGCUGGCAAAAUAGAUCAUUGGUCAGUAGGUAAUAUUAUUAUAACUGAUCCAGCAAUACGUUUUCGACUUGAUAUUUAUUCUCCAACAACACCUGGUUCUUAUCCAGUUCUUAUUUAUUUACCUGGUCUAGCUGGUUUAGUACCUACAACAUUUUAUACAACAAUGAUAAUAAAACCGAAUGAUGGUGCUACUCGUCUUUUUACUGAACAUAAAGCAGUUAAAGAUGUUCUACCAAAUAUGAAUCGACUUGGUUUUCUAUCACAUUCAUCUGCUGCUCAUUCACUCGGUCAAUAUCUCAAUACAACAUGUGGUCCACUAAAAUUAAUUAUUAUGAUGAAUCCUGUUGAUGGAAUUGAUCCAUUUGGUAUUGUACAAGAUUUUAUUACACAUCCUCCAACUCCACUUCCAUUUCGAACACCUACCCUAAUAAUCAGUGCUGGUCUAGAUAAUGUCUCUAUCGGUAAGAAAACUCCCGCAUGUGCACCAAAUAAUAUUAGUAAUGAUCGAUGGUAUCGUUCGUUAUAUGGACCCACAUUUUUUAUUAAUAUAACAGACUAUGGUCAUGCUGAUAAUCUUGAUGAACCAUUUCAUGAAGCUAGUAAACUUAUGUGUACACCAUGCAAAGGUUCUAUCUGUCAUUUUUCUCAAUAUAAAACUGAUGAAGCAACAUUAAUUACAUCUUUUGUUCAUGCUAUAUUCGGUCGUGAUCUUCAACAACUUCAAAUUAUUAAAAAUCCACAAAUUUAUCUUCAAAGUCAUGUUUUAAACAAAUAUAAUUUGCAUGGUUAUAACUAUACUUUUGGAGGACCGGGUGGUUUCUGUACCCAUGAUUAA